AUAUGCGUGUAUAAAAUGCAAUGUGAUCUUUCUCUUUUCUGCAUCAAUUAUAAAUGUAACAGAGCCUGAUUAGGUUUCUAGUGCUGGAGUAUAGCCAAUUUUCAUUUCUGUUUUGUAAUAUUACGGAUAUAUCUGUGUGCAAACGGGAAGUUUACUACAUGUUUAACAGUUUUGUUUGUUUUAAAAUAUUGGACUAAUUUCGGUGUGUACUUAUUUAAGCAUAAACUACUUGCAUUCAGAGGGUUUUGAGUCUUAUAUUUUUUAUUGAAGAAAAAUAAAACUGAGACAACAUUAAAAUGGCUUCGAUGAUGAACGAAAAGUGGACGAUCGCCUUCAAGCUGGUAGAUUUCAACAGAGAUGGUGUCGUAAAUGCUAAGGACAAAGAAGAUUGUAUGCAAUCGUUUCUCGCCGUCCUCAAACCGGAUGACGGACGAAAACAAGUGAUGAUAAUUCAACUAAAUGAAUUCUGGGAUAAAAUCGUAUAUUUAACCGACGACGCGGAUUGGAAUAAAUCUUUCAAUCUUGAUGAGUUCAUAUCCUCGCGCAAAGAAGCAUAUACCAAAGAUUCUGCGAAGACUAUAUCUGUUGUACGCGAGGCAUUGAAGCAGCUGAUAAGCGCAGGUGAUAUCGAGUCGUCUGGCAGCUUCUCUUUUGAGCAAUUUAAAAAUCUCCAUGAAGCAUUCAACCUGAAGGAUGAUAAUCUUGUGAAAGGUAUAUACAGUAUGGUUGGUUCGGAUGGGGAUGGUAGAUGUUCUGUAGACAGCAUUGCAGAAUUCUACACAGAACUGGCAAUGGGAAAUGAUGAAGGGAAACAUGAACAGUAUAAAGCUGCUCUAGCAUCAGUUGGAUUCAUGUGAUAAAUAUUAAAUACACGCGGUAUCAUGUAUAGACGAAAACAAGUCUUAAAACAGUGAAUACUACCUUCGUUUAUCUACAAUCUACAUACAUGUACUUCUUUUUCUAAUCAAUAUUUUGCUUUUUGUAGAACUUAAAACCAAUGUGAAUCUCAGCAAUUAACUAUGAUAUUGUAAUACUUCAAGGUAGUGUGACCUAUUUUACUGAAUAGGGCUGUAAGCUUAACUGUAUUUUCAUUAUAAGGUUACAUGCCUCUAUCUGGUUUGGGCUUGAAACUUUUGAUUUAGCCAAGCCUCACCUACCCUAUAAAUUUAUAUAAGUAGUAAUUCUUGUUAAAUCACUAGAAACAAAUGACUACCUGGUUUUGCAUGCAUGCUGUGGUUGUUGUACUUGCAAUGCAUUGUGGGUAGUUGCUUAGUGACUACUGCCGGGAGACGUUGUUUACUCUGCUGUAGACAAAACUGUCAAUUCUGUUUAAGGAAAUGUGCUUCAAAGAAACUCCCUUAAAGGAAUUUUGUCUUUUAGAUUAUUAAUUUUUCCUUUUCACACUAAUAUUUAUUAAGAUCAUUUAUGUUUUAACAAAAAUAUUGACUUUUGUUUCCUAACAGCUUCCACAACUCCGCAGUAUUUUGUGUGAAGCUGAGUUCACACUUUUGAGUGUACACUUCCACGCUUAUUGUUCUGAAGUAUGAAAGGCAAAGGUACUCCACUGUGCCUGUUUUCAGUGUAUACAAUCUUAAAUCUCUGGCAUUGAGCUGUUGCUAUACUUAAUAGUUCUAAGGAAAUAUUUAAAAGAAGCUUAAUCAAAUUCUAUACAAAUAUUGUUUCAUUUGGUGUAUGUAAGCUGCUGUGUUCUAACUUUUUGAUUUGCAUUUUAAACUCAUAACUGAAUAAAACUGUUAUUUUUCAUUAAUUUGGCUCUACAUUUAAUUGUUGCUCUUUUUUGUGUUUUAGCUUACUGACAGUUAUUAACAUUUACCAGAGGCUGGGUUUAAUUAUUACCAUUAAUGAAUAAUAGUCCCGAUAUGUAAAAAUAACUUACUAUCACACUAUUCUUGUUUUAGACUUAUUAUUGUGCCUUUUUUAAAAUUAUGUUUGAUGUCGAUCAUUAACUGUUUCUAUGCAAGUUCUUAUCUUAAUAAAGUAUAUUUUAACUGUAAAAA